CUGCAUCGAGAGCUGUAUCGGAUCUGUUUGAGCGGCAUACCAAAGCAGUAAUUUCGUCCAAGAACUCAGGGUAUUUUCAGAACUCUUGGUCUUUAUAUCCAGCUUCGACCCGCUGCUUCCAUUGCAAGAACGUCGUGUGAUCGGAGGAAGGAGAGAGAAAGGGUGAGAUCGAGCGAUCGAGUAGUGGUGCAUUGGAUCAGAUCGGACGGAAAAGAUGCUGGCGGUGUUCGAUCGGGCAGUGGCGAAGAGCCCGGAGGGGCUGCGGAGCCAGGCGGCCGCGGCGGAGGAGGGUGGCGGAGGGGUGGGCCCUUUAGUGGAGCAUUUCGCGGCGGCACACGAGGGGGCGGUGACUAUAAAACUCGGCUCCUCCGUCGGCGCGUUGGCCUUCUCCGUCGAGAUGCAGAACCCCUUCCUCCCGAGAUUGUUUUGUGCUAUGGAUGAUAUAUUUUGCUUGUUCCAAGGACAUAUUGAGAACAUUACUCUUUUGAAGCAACAGUAUGGACUGGGUAAGACUGCCAAUGAAGCAAUCAUUGUAAUAGAAGCCUACAGAACAUUGAGAGACAGAGGACCUUUCCCUGCAAGCCAGGUUGUGAGAGAUCUCAAUGGGAAAUUUGCAUUUGUUCUGUUCGAUAGCUCAUCAAAAUCUACUUUCAUAGCCGCUGAUGCUGAUGGAAGUGUGCCUUUCUUUUGGGGUGCUGAUUCUGAAGAUCAUCUUGUACUGUCUGAUGAUGUGGAGGUUGUUAAGAAAGGCUGUGGGAAGUCAUAUGCUCCAUUUCCGAAAGGUUGUUUCUUUACAACAUCUGGGGGAUUGCAGAGCUUCGAAUAUCCUAUGAAUGAGGUAAAGGCAAUGCCAAGGGUUGAUAGCCAAGGUCAACUCUGUGGGGCUACUUUCAAAGUGGAUGUUGAAGCUAAGAAGGAGACUGCAAUGCCUAGGGUUGGCAGUGCUGCAAAUUGGUCUUCUCACUAUUAAUUCUGUGAAUCUCAAAGCAGGGCCUUCUAUCUUUUUAUUUUAAGCCCUCGGUACAUUGAUCCAUUUUUUAGACAUUUAUCUCCAGUCUCCACUGGUUGACCCCGCAUCCUUUACGAAUUGCUUAUGCUUAACUCAGAAGACUUCUUAUUGCAUGAAAACUGUCAUGGUCGACUUAUGGAUCCUUGCGAGCAUAUGUAUUACCUGUAGUUGCCAAAGAGAUCCAUCUGGGAAAUAAAAUUGCAUCCUUACCUGUUUGUAUCAGUGGUAUA